AUGUUGGAUAUGACAGAGCUGAGGAGCAGAUAUGAGACCGUGAGGGUCACCGAGGAUAGCAAGGAUAAAAUCAUCGAGGCAUGCUUAGAACUUCUUUCGUGUGUGCAAAGCCUUGAAGGGGACCUUCACCGCGAGAAGAACGAAUAUCAAGACCAGAAGGUGCUGGUUGAGAAUUACAGGGAAAAAGCCAAGGGCUUCGAGGAAGAAGCAAAGAAUUCCCGGGUUGAGCUAGAGGAGAAGUCUCGCAAGGAAGCGAAGUUGAAGUUUGCAUCGGUGCUUGUUGAUGGUGAUCACAUGAAUGUCAGCGCAAUGUUUCCCCACAAUAUUUUCACUCAAACUAAAUCAUUGCAGUUCAGGGACAAGUUUGUUCAAAUGGGACAGAAAGGCGGUCGACAGGCAGCGAGAGCUCUUAUCGAAGCAGUUCAAGAUCAUGUCCAAGAGGUCGUAUCUGAUGCCAGCCCUAACAUCUGCUACAAGAUUAGGGUGUAUGCGAAUAUGGCUGGUCUAGCAAACACAUAUUGCAAUGCUAGUGUUGUCAGUUCUCAGGGUAUAGUAAGAUCUUUCAUCCAAGGUUUCAACAUGGAAGAUGCUCUAUGUGACUUUGUGGAUGCAGGCAGUGGGAAGGAAUGCUCCGAUGUGAAGAUUGGAGCACUCCUGGAACGCGAUUGUCUCGACAUCCAUUGCCAACGCAUCAUUUUCUGUGGAUCUGCGGACAAUGGCUAUGCCCGUAUAUUGGGACCUCAUCGCAAAUCGAAUCGUAUUUCACUGGUAGAAGGUCCACCAUUCGCUGAUGAACUAAAAGAUCUGGCAUCUGUCUUCGCGACAGCCUCGUUUCCUGAAGUUUUCAGGUCGGAGAAGCUGCCAAGAAGAGUAUCCUUUGGGGGAAUAACAGCUACCAAAAUACCCACACCGCCACAGACGCCGGCUCCGAACUACGCUGAUAUAGCCAAAAAUACGCCUUCAAUGUCAAAUGAUAGCUCCCUGACGACUAAUUCGCCCACUAAGGCUCUCCCAACCGGCGGUGUGAAGUUAUCCGUUUGCAAGAACGCGAAUGGUGAACGGGUUGAUAGCCCGCUACAGUUUUCCACGAAGGGCAAAAUCGACGUUCUUAAGCAGCAUAAAUUCUGCAACCAGUUCCAUAUAUUGGGAUCCUGCUCAUGGGGAGAAAAGUCUUGUAUCUUUAAACAUGAGCCAGGACUCGUUGAGAAAGAGUGUAAUGAUGUGAGCUGUAUCAAUGGUCAUCGAUGUCCACAUGGGAAUUGUGGACGGGAUUGCAAGUUUCCUCACAAUGUUGACACUAGAAUUGUCACCCGGAUUUGA